AAAGAUUAAAGUAAACAAUGGUCAGCCCAAGAGUCAAGACAAGGGUUUUAAGGAGGUUUAAGUCAUGGGUGCUGGAUACUCUUCAUCGACGACGGCGCCGACGAUCCCAACCGAUUCUCACAAAACCAAUUCGUCCUCUGGCGCAUCCAACCCCGCCAUGAUCUCUUUAGAUCCGAAAGCACCGGAAUCAGCUACUCAUGUUCCUCCAAAGGAUGAAUUGUCAAAAGAAGCCACAAGUUCCUCAAUUGGCACCCAAAACUCAGAUGAAUCAGAUCAAGAAACGAAACCCACUGAGGAAGAGGAGGUGGAUGAGGAAGAGGAGGGAGAGUGUGGGUUCUGUUUGUUCAUGAAAGGGGGUGGAUGCAGAGAUGCUUUUAUAGAUUGGGAGAAUUGCGUCAAAGAGGCCGACACUAACAAGGAUGAUGUUGUGGAAAAGUGCUUUGAUGCGACAUCGGCCUUGAGGAAGUGUAUGCAGGCUCACGCCGAUUAUUACGAGCCUAUUUUGCGGGCGGAGAAGGAUGCUGAAGAAAAGGUCAUGAAGGAAUUGGAGAAGGAAAAGGAGUCAGAAGGAUCAGAAGCAAAGGUGGCUGAAAAGGAAACUGAAAAAGCUGUGGAUUCCAAAGAUCCGUCAAGUGGUAAAUGAGAUGGUUAGGUGAUUGUUGAUUUUUUUUGGUGGGUUUUCCUUGAAAGCCAAAAUCUUUUUCUUUUAAUGCUAAUUUGAGCUAAUUGAUGCGAUAGAGCGGGUUAGCAAUUAAUUUUUACUUCCUUAAUCGAUAUUUGUAUUGGGUUAAUAUGAGAAGAAGACAAAAUUUAGAACAAAUAAGAUGUGAUGAGUUUCACUUGAAUCUA